GGAAGUGACCGAAUUGAAGGCAUAUCUUUAGACACAUCCAAAUUAUCGAGAGAGAUGCACUUGGAAUCAGAUGCUUUUGCUAAGAUGGAUCGUCUUCGAUUUCUCAAAUUCUACGGUGACCAUCUCUUCACUGGAUUUCACCUUCCUUCUAGUGGUCUCAAAUAUCUUUCUGAGGAGCUGAGAUAUCUACGUUGGGAUGGAUUUCCUUGUAAAUCUUUGCCACAAAAUUUUUGUGCUGAAAACCUCUUUGAGCUCAGUUUUUGGGGGAGUAAGGUUGAAAAACUUUGGAGAGGAGAACAGGAUCUUGUAAAUUUAAUAAAUUGCGACCUCAGUUGCUGUGAAUGUUUGACGGAAUUGCCAGAUCUAUCAAAGGCCAAGAAUUUAAAAGUUUUAAGUCUCGUUGGCUGUAAUAGUUUAAUUGAGGUUCCGUCUUCCCUUCAAUGUCUUGAGAAGCUUGAAGUACUCAAUCUCUUUCGAUGCUACAAUCUUAGAAGUCUUCCAAGUAGGUUUGAUUCAAAGAAGCUCAGAGAAUUUACUAUGACUAAAUGUCUAGGUAUCAGUAAGUGUCCAGAGAUCAUUUCACGAAAUAUGAAAAAAUUGAAUUUAAGUGGAACCUCAGUAAGAGACGUGGCUGGAUCAGUUACGUGUGAACAUAUUUAUCUAGGUGGUUGCUCAAAUAUUUCCAAGUUUCCAGAGGGUUUACGGGAUAUAAUAGAUCUAGGUCUAAGUGGGACAGCUAUAGAAGAGGUGCCCUCCUCAAUCCAGUUUCUCACCAGACUGCAAAUAUUGGAUAUGAGUGGUUGCUCAAAACUGGAGAGCUUCCCAGAGACUACGGAGCCUAUAAAAUCUUUAGAUACUCUUGAUUUGGCUAAAAGUGGUAUUAAACAGCUGCCCUCAUCAUUAAAGUAUCUCGUAUCUUUGCGAAAUCUGAAUAUAGAAGGAACGCCUAUUAGAGAGCUACCAGAGCUUCCCCCUUCACUAACGUUACUAAGAGCACGUGACUGUGCAUCACUAGAAACCAUAUCAACCGUCAAUUUAAGGAGUGGCUGGAUUCGUUUGGAUUUUUCAAAUUGCUUCAAAUUGGAUCAGAAAGCACUGUCAGCAGAUAUGCAUUUGAAAAUUCAGUCUGCAAAGAUGCGAAAAAUUGAAAUGAUGUUACCGGGGAGUGAAAUUCCAGAAUGGUUGAGUAAUCAAGGUGAGGGAUCUUCCGUAACCAUACAGUUUCCCUCAAACUGUCAACAGCUCAAGGGAUUUGCUUUCUCCAUCGCCUUUCUAUUUCCCUCAAACUGUCAACAGCUCAAAGGUGAAGUUUUAAGAGGAUUGGGUUGUUGUGUCAAAACUAAAACCGGUGAGCAUGAGGACCUCACUUACGUGUCAACUCUGUAUUGCACACCAUAUUGCUCAGAUCACACGUUCUUAUGGUACGACGCCGCAGUAUCAGAAAAUCGGUUCUGUAAAUUAUUUGGCAAAGAGAAUAUAUUCAGCAAAUAUUCUGGCAAUGAAGUUACAUUUGAAUUCUACCCAGAGGUUUUCAGUCCGUUCGUGAGGAUGACGAAGCAGGAGCUGGAUGAGAUCGAAAAGCUUUGCAAGGUGAAAAGGUAA